AUGAGAAGUAUUGAAGUAACGCCUGUUAAUAAUUUAACAUCGGACCUAUCGUCGUAUGAUUCACUAGUAAUUGUAGCAUCAGAUUUAGGACAAUUGGAAAAACAUGAAAAAAGUUUAGUUACAAUAUUAAAACCGUUUAGUGAAUUGAACAAAAGUUUUAAUAGUGAACUAACAUUUACUAUUAAUGAUAGUGUUCCAGGAAAACGUCUGAUUUAUUCACCCACCGGCCCAUUAACACGUGAUUAUGAUGAUGUUCGAAGAUUUGCUGAUGCAGCAGCGUGUGGAAUUAAAAAAGCUUUAUCAAUCGGAUCUAAACGUCCGUUAUUAGCGUGUUUUUGUUCUCCAAUGUUUCCAAAAGCAAAAUUAGUCUCAUUAUUGGCUGCAUUAGAAACAACUUAUGUGCCGUUACAAAUCCGUGAAGAUAUUAGUGAGCGUAAACAAAAAAUUGAACGUUUGGGUUUUUGGUGUUGUGAAAGUGGUGAUGAAGCAAAAACUGUUAAGUAUGUGAAUGGUAUUGAGUUAGGUCGAUGUGUAGCCAGAGAUAUUGGCGGUGGUGAUCCAGAGCGAAUGGCACCACCUCUAUUGGCUGAUUAUGUUCAAAAAACAUUUGCGCAUACAACAGUUAAAGUUAAAGUUAUCAAAGAUAAAAAAGAAUUUGAAAAGGAGUUUCCGUGUUUUGCGGCCGUGAAUCGUGCUGCCAGUGUCAUUGAUCGUCACAAUGGACGUAUAAUUAUUCUUGAAUAUACCGGGGAAGGUACUGUUGAUUCAACUGUUUUGUUAGUUGGAAAGGCUGGAAUGUCUUACGAUAAAUGUGGUGCAGCAGCCGUUGCUGGCUUUUUCAAAGUUUUAGCUGAAUUAAACCCAAAAGGUUUUAAAGCCAUCGGUGUGUUAGCUGUUGCAAGAAACAGCUGUGGUGAAGGUAAGAUAACAGCAGAUCAAGCCGAAUGUAGAAUCCCAGUGAUAAACUUAUUCGAAUCUUAUUAUGAUCUUAGUAAAAUUUCGCUUACAUUUGUCUAAGGUCGUAGAUAAAUCUUACUAAGAUCGUGAGACCCGAAAAUUUUAAGAUUUGAUAAAAUUUUGCUAACGAGGGAACCGCCCCAGGUGCCCAACUCCGAUUUCCUUCAUUCAUACCUCGUUUUAUAGCACAUCGAGCUGGUAAAAAGCCUAAAAGGAUAUCGGCUGACGACUCUUUAAGACCCGGUUCUCUGGAAAACCAGUUUUUCAGAAACUCUAACAGAAUAACCAAAACCUUUGUUAAUGAGACAUGAUUGUAGCCCGCGAAAUUCUCAUAAAAAUGAGACAUCUCCCAGCACUACAUGACCUUUCUUUGCAAAGUUAUAGAAUUUACAAGAACAGCCCUAAAUUAAUUUCUUCUGAUUUCUGCAGCUUUGAGUUGACACUGAACAUUCAGGGCUUUUCUUGUAAAUUCUAUAACUUUGCAAAGAAAGAUCAUGUAGAGCUGGGAGAU